AAGCCAUCUCGCUGUUGUCCCAUACAGCCCGUCAGUGUUUGCCUGAGGAGUCAUAAUAUUUGCUCCACUGAUCUCGCGGAGAUUCGCAUCUACUAUCCGACCAGAAGGCUGAAUAUAGGUAUCUACUGAGUCUCGCAGAGCGGUGUCCAGGCCAUCUCUUCUCUUUCACUUCAAUCCUCCGUCUAGUACUUGCCUCAUCUACGGUGCCCGAGGUGCUCGCUGUGGCGAACAUGGAGUACUUCGAUUUUGAGGACGCCUCCAACGUCCCUCCCUUCGAUCUCGAAGACUAUGCUUCGUCAUUGGCCCAUGAACCCACUGAGCAGGAUGCCAAUGAAAGCUACGAGUCACUCUUUUUCGACAAGACUAAUACCCUGCCUGCCUCUCGACAUGCGACAGCUGGACCCAUGAAACUAAAACUGAUCAACAAUGUUGAAAUUGAAGUCAUUCCUCAUACAGCCGAUGUCUCCGCUGACUAUCCCAUGUUUCGUGCCAAAGUUGCCUGUGAUCUCUGUUCAAGGAUGGGCCUCGACUGCUUCCUCGCCACAAGAGGAGCCAUGGUGACGGGAUGUACCUGUUGCAUAUCACUCUAUAGAGAAUGCAGUUUCGUUCACCCAAAGAUCCCCAAGGGCUUCGUCAGCACCUUUCCUGGCAUCACUGAGGACCAGCAAGUCUGCGAGGGUUCCAUCACUGAACGCCGCAGGGCCAUGAGAUCUAUGGAAGAGGGCCGAGGACGCAAGACUGGUGCCCGUUUCCCUCGAGAGGCAGUGAGAAUCUUGAAGCAGUGGCUUGCAGACCACAGCGACCACCCGUACCCCACUGAACGAGAAAAGGAUGAACUGAAACAACUCACCGGCUUGAAGAGAAGUCAAAUAGCAAACUGGCUCGCAAACGCUCGAAGGAGAGGCAAGGCCAGGCCUGACAACUCCGACCCAUCCUCUCCGAUGCUCGGUGCCAUUGACAUUCCUUCAAAUUCCGAUAGAUACGACAAUGCUCAUCUCAAUCCCCUGGACAGAUGGAAAGCUUCACCACCGGAAAAUGAACCUGCUUCCAUGACCGCUAUUGCUCGUGCCGUCACUGCCACUCCUCUCCCGGUCCGCAACAAUUCCAUCUCUAGUCUUCACGGUUCUCGGGCCAGUUCCAAAAAGUCGUCGAGCGAAAAUGACUCUUCCUUUUCCAUGUUCCGGGCUCCAUCCGUGAGCAGUUUUGAAACACGAGAGUCGAGUAACAGUGAUCUCACCUUUGCUUCGUCAAGGUCCACCAAGUCCAGAGGAUCCUUUGCCUCGUCUCAAGAUCGUCGGAGGCGGCGCCGAGCCCCUAUGACACAACGAGCUGCAGCUCAACAGGCCAAAUCUCGAAAUGCUAGAAUUUUCCAAUGCACCUUCUGUACAGACACAUUCCCUGCAAAGUACGAUUGGCAACGACAUGAGAAAUCUCUACAUCUAGCACUCGAACGAUGGACCUGCUGUCCAGACGGAGGUAUAAUGAAUGAUAAGCUCACUGGCAUCCCCAUCUGUGUCUUCUGCAAGGAGGCCAACCCAACAGCAGAUCAUCUAGAAUCUCACAAUUUCACUACUUGUCAAGAAAAGACGUUGCAAGAACGAACCUUUUAUCGAAAGGAUCAUCUGAGUCAACACCUAAAGUUGAUGCAUAACACAAAGGUUCAGCCUCAUAUGGAGCAGUGGAAGACCACCAACAACGAGAUCAAAUCAGCAUGUGGGUUCUGUCCAUCAAAGUUCACCACUUGGCAACAGCGAGCCGAUCACCUCGCGGCACACUUCCGGAAUGGUGCGGAUAUGAGUGGGUGGUCCAAUGGAUGGGGCUUCGAACCAUUUGUCGAAAGACUGGUCGAAAAUGCCCUACCUCCAUAUCUCAUCGGGUAUGAGAGGAACACAAUGGAACCUUAUGUUGCCCGCCGUGAGCCUUCCAAGGACACAUCAUCUUCUGAUACCGGAAUGACCAUUGGCACAUCUGCUGACGGUGGAGAUGUCGACCAGAUGACCAAGGAUUCCAACUGCUGGGGUCGCCUGGAACAGGAGUUGAUCAAGUUUGUCGGUCGAUAUAAAGGUGCUGGCAAAAUUCCUUCAGAUAAGGAAAUUCAAGAUCAGGCUCGCAUGAUCAUCUACGAGGACACCGAUCCAUGGAACUGGACGUCUGCAGACAAUCAGCAAUGGUUGGAAACCUUCAAGUACCAACAAGGAAUUGGACCAUAUACCGAAGCCAUGGUCACACCUUUACUGGCCGAAGUGCCAAUCAUGCCACCGUAUGUCGUCAAAGGAGGUUUGAAAGCAAAAGUACUAGCAGACAAUUGUGCAUCUGCUCGCAGUAAGGGGUCAUCUGCUUCUGUGAGCAACAACCACUCGAGGUCAAACUCACAAGGUCUCUCAAACAGUCUACCCAACUCUACCAUGGCGCCGACACCGACGUUUGAGCAGAACAUGGACUUUGACUUCGACAGCAUAGAUUUUAGCAAUCUAGACCUCGGAAUGAUGGACGAUGUCAACUUUGAUAUGGAUAUGACUGGCACAGCCGCGGCACAUGUCAACGGAGGACUGAACGUCGCUCACUCAACGUCUUUUCAGCCCAGCUUGCCUGCUGAUCCGAUCUUUGACACCUUUGCCUCUGACCAGGGAACAGCCUUUUUGAACACGGGGGUGCAACAGCAACAACAACAACAACAACCUCAAACUUCGGCAUUAAUGAGUGAGCAGGAUUUCAACCAGUUGUCAGGAUACAUGGCUGGCUUCAAAUAGAUAUGAAAGAUGGACUAGGCAGACAUACGUCCCUACCAUCACUUGACCUAUCAUCUUGAAAGAUAGAACACACUCUAAGUUCUAAUUAGGUAGACAAUGUUAGGAGUUAUUUGUGGUAUAUCCUCACUAUCCUAUAGCUGCUUAAUAUUCUUUGAUCAGAUCUACAC